AUGAAAGCGGUUGGGCUCGUUUUUCGUCUUUUGCCGUUCGCUGUGGGCGGACUAGGGCAAAGCUUGUCUGGUAUCGCUGGAUACUCUUCACGGAAGGCAAUUCGCAGUUUAGACCUAUCUCUAGAAGACAACAUAUGCUCUUUUGAUGCUAUCGUGGUCGUUCACCAACCUGGAUUGUCAUUGGAUGAUCUCUACGCGGCUCCAUCGUCAUCGCUGCUGUCCUCACUUUUCUCCGAUGCUCCAUGGAAGCGUAUCUCGCAGCGCACCGUACCUGCGGAACCUUCCGACCUGCUGAAAUCAAUACAGGAUCGAUGUCAGUAUGACAUUACGGAGCUUCACCUUGGUCAACUUUAUGAAGAAAAGGAUGCAUCGAAUAUCAUUGCACGGCCAAAGAUCAUCAGUCUGCCUUUACCUCACCUCACAGACAAAGGGCGAGCUCGUAAGGUUGCAAUGUCUUUUAUUGUCUCAGAACUUGCCCGCGACCUUCAAAUAAUUGGCGGCACCUUCGAAUCUCACUUUGUAAUGUUCGCCAGUGUGCCCUACUCGACUACUUUCAAACGGGAGAUGGCAUCCACUUCGAACUCCCCUUUUUUCAUUCGGCAGGCCACGCAUGCCGAUCCUGUGCACGGUUAUGCUGGUAAUACGACCCUUCCUGAAGGGGGGAUACUGCAACGAUACCAAUUGCUUACUCCUGGUAUUCUGACAAUUCUGCUUGUUGUGGUGCUGGUUUUCUUCCCAAUUUUACAUGUUGGUAUCUCUGCCUUGUCGAGCAUAAAAACAUCGCAAAGGAUGGAUAACCCUCACAAGGACAGGAAGGGACAAUAGGCUUUUCUGUUGUAUAUAUUGCGAUCUCUGCAACAUAAAUAGCUCGUAGCCCCCUCGCUGUCUGAGGACUGAACAAUCAACUUCAUGAUCGGAUUAUCGCCAGCAAACCAGCAGUCAUGAUAUGUGGUGUUAUUGCAGUUCUAGAUAAUGCGUUGGGGCAUGUACAAGGAAAAAGGGGAAUGAUUAGGCAAGCAUUAUGCAUGUGGUAAGAUGCAGGGUGAUAAUACAAAAUGUGUGUGGCGAUGGUAUCACCAGUGUUCUCUCCUCGGAUAUCAAGUGU